CAGUAAUAUACUAGUAGACACAUGGAACAACAUAUAAGAUUAUUAGCGUUGGGAUUCUCCUACGCCAACAAAGCUAAAGAACUGGCUACUGAAAUAUACGCUGAACCUCAUAAACUAGCACAUUAUCAGCGAUCUUGCUAUCUCUCAAUCUUAUCAUACAGGGCAAGCUUAGAAAUUCAAGGAUUAUCUCCUCAGCAGGAAUUGAACUCUAGAUUAGGAUUGGGGAGGGCGCUUUAUGAUUUUACUAGUGAUAUCUCAGAUGCAGAACACGUCGUCAGUCGGGGUUUAUCAAAGGCAAGUGAAGAUGAUAGCCUUGACGAUUAUUUGUUUAGGUUUUAUGAAUUGCAUAUCAACAUAUCUGCUUCUAAGAAUGUCAAAUUCGCUCAAUCUUUACUUAAACGAGCUACGAAAGAUGCUGAGAGGAAGAAACGCAAGGAGUGGAUAUAUCAUUUUAACUUCUUAGCAGCCAAAUAUUCAACUAAUCCUCUCAAUUUCCUUAGGACCAUUGUCGAUUUAGCGAAGAAGAAUCAUGAUACUUCUUUACAUCAUCUUGGUUUAGCUGAGGUUGCACGCAUAUUAGCUAAUAAUAGCGAUUGGAAAGGUUGUGGAAUAGUAUUAAAAGAUUUAGAGAUGGAAAUUAACCUGUUACCUGAUUCUAACAAGCCAGCGAACGAGGAAGCCCCAGACAAAAUGGAUGAGGACAUAAAGCAAUCUUCUAGCACAAACGAAAGGGGCCUUAGGGAAUAUAUUCUAGUUGUAUUCCUAGUGGUCAAGGUCAUCUUUUCAAGUCAUAAUGCUGACGCUGAUACUGCCAAGAAACGACUUGAAGAAGUGCAGCAUCUGAUUGACGAAACCCAAGAUGAAAGAUACUUUGAGAUGAGCGUGAAUGGAUGUUCGGAUAAGGUAGUCUAUCAAGCACCUACUAAAUCACAAUUGCUCGACUUCUCGUUUGUUUUGAGCUGCAUGACCUGCAAAGAUCCAGUUGGAACUAAGCCACUAUCAUUGCUUUACUCUUUGAAAGCCAUUGAUUUAUUCAACGAAGACAGGAGAGAGGUAUAUCGUUAUAGCACUAUCCAAAACAUAGAGAAGAGAAACGUCCAAAGAGUACAUAUGAAGCUUUAUAUUCUGUGCUCUUUAACUCAAGUGUAUAUCAUGCGAAGAGAAAUGGAGAAUGCUUACAAGACCUUGACUGAAAUGGUCAAGUUGUCAAGAGAACAUUCACUCACAAUGAAAUGGGCUGCUUGGAUGCUGAUGUUGGAAGGCUAUUAUUUACAAGCAAGCAAUGAACUUGAGGCAGCGAAGGUGUAUUACGAAUCUGUAAUAUCACUAUGUGGUAAAAAGGGAGAUACUUUCAGCAACUUAUUCCUUACAAACAAGAAUAGUGUACAGAAUCUACAUAAUGAUGAGAUGGAAGUUGCUGCAAAGUUGUCAAAAUUGGCAUUGGAAGUUGGUACAAAUAAUGCGGAGCACGAUAGGAUGAAGGAACUGAAUGAAUCUUCGAAAUUGAUACAAUGCUCGUCAUCUAUUCUAGCUGCAUUGAGAAUGGUCGAAGGAAUGCUUAACAAAAGCAUAAUUACACGAUCCAAAUACCUUCUGUCACAAUCUUUGACAUUAUCAUCCAAAUCUAAUGACAAUCAUAUACGUGCUUUCCUAUUUGCGCUGCUCAGUGAAGCAUUCAACCACUCUCAUGAAGACCAAGCUCUUAAAAUGAUAGAAACUGGUUAUGCACUCGCUAGGAAAAUGGGUAAAGUCGAUCAAGCUAGUUCUAAAAGUUAUGGUAUGCCGUUCCUCAAUUUAUUCUAUGGUAAAUGUAUAGCGGAUCACUAUAAGAGGAAUGGUAUGCAAUCUGAACUAAACAAACAAGAAUCUCUUAACCAAUUCUAUACGAAGUGUUGCAAUAGAAUCGCAUCAAAUGGGUUCGAUAAAAGCAUUGAGAUGAAAUAAUAAUUAUUUGCAGUUUCCAUUAUACCAAACCUGUAACUUAUCGAUUAUUGUUGACAUAAAUCUAUAAACAUGUUAUGCAAAAGUUACUGUAAUAAAUAAUCG